CGAUGUCAGACCGGUACUACCGCCUGGUGACUCUGCUCCUUGACAUCAGUCUCCCAGCUCUGAGGGACCUGUUCGUACAUUGCGCCAAGAAUGAUCCGAAUGUAACAUUCACCACACUUGAGGGAUACAUGAACAGCCGUAGGAUAGCAGUCGAUGCUUUACUCAAAUCAAAAAUACUUCGUAAACAUCAAUUUGAUAUUGUAUUCCCAACAUCAGGAAAGUUUGACGAAACCAAAUGGGACAUGUCCUUAUUGUCAUCACUUCUCCUAAGCAUGUUCGGACAAACAAUAACUCCUGUGAAAACUGAAAUACAGCGAAUAAGAGAUAUGCGAAAUAAAUUAUCACACAGGUCUGACACAAGCAUGGUUGAAACAGAAUACAAUUCUUUUUGGACAAAUACUGUUGGUUUGACCGUCAAAGUUAUAACUCAUUUCAAGGGUCCUCUUGACAUACAGAAAGUGGUAAAGGAUAUCACCAGUCUCGAAACUCGCACCCUUGACCCUUCCAAAACACUUGAAAUCAUGAAUACUUGGUAUCUGGGAGUCAGUUUGGAGAAUGCUGCAGAAAUGAAGCAGAAAUUAGUUGAAGUUGGAAUCACUACCUCCCUUACUUCGAGUGUACUACAAAAAGCUACAGUCAAAGGGAAAGGCAGAUCAGGUAAACCGACAAAGAGGAUAAAAAUUUGCAAUCCACAUUUAGAGGGAUUUAAAGGUGAUUUCAAACGAAAUAUGUCGCGGUGUAUUCAAGGAGAUUUUAUUCCACCCGAACAAGUUGGAACAAUUCGACAAAAGAUAGAAAAUGAUCACCUUGCAACUGUGGUCGGAUAUGGUGAGAGCGCGUAUCUUUCAACUGUGUUCCAUGCAAUCAACGGUAGUGAGUAUGAUUCCAAGUUUUGUGCAUUGCUAACAGACCCUUCCGACUGGAUUCAUGUCGACCCAGAUGAUGUGCAGCUUGUUGUUUUCAAAGAUCCAUUCGGAAGCGUAGUAUUUGAUCAAAACAAAGCUACAGCUAUGUUCAACAAACUUGACGACAUAAAAAACUCAUGUGAUGACUCAAAGCUGGAUGUUAUUAUUGCUUCUAAAGGAGAAAUCCUAAACGAGGCAAUGCGAGUGUUACAACAGACACCCGAUGUCCUUGAGGACAAGAUAGUAGUUUACAAAGGAACAAGUGCACCAACUCCCUUCAGUAUGAUAGAGAUGAGCAAAUGUUACGUAGAAGAUCUGCAGAAGACAACACUCAAGACAAGUAAUACAAAUUAUAGAACAAUUUUGUCCAAACUCAGCGAUAAACACUGUGUGGUUUUGACAGCUACAGAUAGUGAUGGCCUUUCAAAAUGCAUUACCUACCUGACAGCAGAUUUCCCGAGCUGUUUGACUGUGUCCCACAGAGACGAUAUCAUGCAUGCGAAACUGGACAGCGCGGGCGUAGUUGUGGUAGUUGACAUGGCGGGGAAAUAUGUGUUCGACAUGUUGAAAGCAAACCAAUGGUUGGAGACCUUCGACUUUAUGAAGCCAAUGGUGAACAAUGGGAAACCAAACAUUGCGGUCGUGAUGGACAAGGCGAGGCUGCAUGAGUGCCUUCGGAAAACAGGAAUGCAUUGGAUUUUUCAAAACGUCUUGGAAAUGAAUCCGUCAGGAGGUAUUGUUGAUGUUGACGUCCAGAGCGUUAUCAAUAACGAACUGGGUAGACCGACCAGCGUCAGCAUGCAGACUGACCCAACCCUGAGACACGUGGCCGACAUUAAGCUGAUGAAACGAGACGAGGAUGAUGACGAUGACGAUGACAUGGUAGAGUUGGGCUAUAUAAGCGGAAUGACCGUGGUGGAGGACAGAUUACUGGUGGCCGUGGACCUGAAAAAUGUUUGUUUGCGUUGUUUUGAUUUGAGCACAAGUACACAGAUAUCGAGAUAUGAUAUGCAACGACCCUCGCCAUAUGAUAUAACAACACUACCUGGUUGUCGAGUAGCUGUGACACUUCCUUCAGCUGGUAAAAUUCAUUUCCUGGAAGUGAAAUCUCAGUCCGGAGAGUUUUUGUUUAUUAAUAAGAUAAACGUUGAUGAAGGAUGUUAUGGAAUAGUGUACAGUGAUGACAAACUGAUACUAUCAUAUAAGGGUCAUACAUCCAAUAACGUACAAAUACUGGACAUGGAGGGCAACGUGCAGCAGGUGUUCGAGAAGGACAGUAACGGUGAGAAUCUGUUCAAAUGGCCCGAACAAGUGGCCGUUAGCCCUGACCACAACACAAUGUACGUAUCUGACUGGGAGAAGGACACGGUGACUGCCCUGACGCGGGAUGGUCAUGUGCUCGGGGUUUUACAGGAUAAGGACAAUCUACGUGACCCACGUGGAUUAACUGUUGAUGCCACAGGUUGUGUGUACGUAUGUGAUUGUAAUUCCAACACUGUGUGCCUAGUGUCCCCGGAGACCGGCUCUGUCACCAGGCUGCUGGGGGAGGAGGAUGGUGUUCACAGUCCACGUUGUGUGGCAGUAUGUGAUAAAUCACGCCGUCUGUACGUUGGGAUGUGGCGCAUCAGUGGAAUUAAAGUGUUCAAAAUAGAAUAAUGAAACAUAUUAUAGAAAGGUUACUUUUAUUGCCUGUAUCAGAAUGAUUUAUUUUAAUGCUUAUGUUGAAAAGCGUUUGUUAAAUUGUAAUGGAAGUUCACAAGAUUAUGUUGUAUCAUAAUGAGUGUGUACCCGAUAAGAAUAUUAUUGUGACAUUGCUUAUUCAGACAAAAAAUCAAACAAGAAAAGCAGUUUCACAUUUUAAGUUGUACUUGAUGUUGAUGUUGUUGUUUUCAAGCAAAUGCAACACGAGUUGUGUUUUUAUUUUAAUAGUGAUUAUAUAUUUACAAACGAUCAUAACAUUUAAAAAAAAGAAUUAUUUAAAAAAAUAUCAUUUAUAAUUAAUGUUCCACUUUCACUUUUAUUCGAUAACAUCUCUGAUUGUAUGCUAUACUGAAAUGAUGAUAACGCGUACUAGAUGAUACAUCUUACAUAAAGGAAAAAGUGACAUAUUUAUGUAGAAAUUUGUUUAAGUUAUAGUAAGAUGACAUGAAGUGAAUUCUUGAUUAUUAAGAAUAGGCGGAGUGAGCGUAGCGAACGAGUCCUUCUUGAUUAUUAAGAAUUCACUUCAUGUCAUCUAACUGACUUAGAAUACAACCUCAUUGGCUGAUACAUUGUCAACGUAAAAUCUGAUGCAGGGAGUGUGUAUCGGAUAAUUGGCAGAAAAGGAGGACUUUUUCGCACGCGCGAAAGUUGAAAUUCUUAUGAUUAAGUCUACUACUUAAUGGUUGCCGUUCUGCAGUUUCAUUGGCGUAAAAUGUAGGUUGUAUUCUAAAUAAAGUGAUGUUUUUACGUUUGAGCCUCUAGUUCCAGUCUCUUUUAUGACAUUGCCAUGUGCCUCCAUUCUUUUUUAAAUGUUCGACUAGUGGGCUUCUGUCUGUAUAUUGUUAUUGUAUCAUUCAUUAUAGUACACUUCACAUUCUAUGCGUAAUGAACGCGCCUGGUUCUGAGACAUCCAUGCUAUAUUUAGUACGAGGUUGUUCCAUGACAUUUGGAGUCAUUUCGUUCCAACAUUCAGCUAUAUAUAUUUCCUUACGAAAAAGAAUAUUCCGCAUAAUGUUAUUUUUUUUUAUUUUUGCUUAACUUUUUUAAAUAUUUUUAUUUUUGUUUAACCUCCAGGGCCGGUGUUCAUAAAACAUCUUAAAUAAUUACCUAUCUUAUUAAUAAGUCAUUUUCCUAAGUUAACUAUCCCACUGGUCAUAUGAUAGCAUAACUUAGUUAUAUUUAAAAUUCUUUAUACUUAUCAUUUUGAUGUAAUAUUUAAACUUUUUGAACAAAAUGCUACUUUUUUUUCUUUAAUUUUAACUAUGGACAUUUUACGAAUUUGACUUCAAAUAAGAUAUGAGGUGUUUCUUUAAUACCGGCCCUGGCCCCGAUUUCUCGAAACUUCUUAAGUUCCAUGAAAGAGAAUAAAAAAAAGCUACCUAUUUGUGUGUUUCAAAAAUUUGAGUUAUAUACACAUAAGUUGUCGUCGUCAUGAAAAAUGAACUAUAAGCUUCUAAGCAUAGAUGUCGCAAUGUUUACAUACAUUUUUGCCAAUAUUAUUCCUGGAUAUAUUAUAAUUGGAUGUUUAUUAUUCCUGACGUAUAAAUGCACUAAUGCAGUGACCAUAGAUUCUCAAGAGACUCAAACUAGAAUGUAAGUUUAUACAUGCGAGACCCGAACCAGUAUGUAAGUUAAAUAACUUAGAGACCCAAACUAGUAUGCAAGCUAAUAACUUAAAGACCCAAACUAUUAUGCAAGCUAAUAACUUAGAGACCCAAACUAUUAUGCAAGCUUAUAACUUAAAGACCGAAACUAUUAUGCUAGCUAAUAACUUAAAGACCCAAAAUAUUAUGCAAGCUAAUAACUUAGAGACCCAAACUGGUAUGCAAGCAUAUAACUUAGAGACACAAACCAAUAUAUAAGUUAAUAACUUAGAGACCCAAACCAUUGUAUAAAUUAUCAACUUAUAGUGCCAAACUAGUUUAUAAGUUAAUUACUAAGAGUCCCAAACUAUUAUAAAAGUUUAAUAACUUAGAGACCCAAACCAUUAUAUAAUCUAAUAAUUUAGAGACCCAAUAUAGUAUAUACGUUAAUAAUUUAGAGACCUGAACUAGUAUAUAAGUUAAUAACUUAGAGACCCAAACCAUUAUAUAAUCUAAUAAUUUAGAGACCCAAUAUAGUAUAUACGUUAAUAAUUUAGAGACCUGAACAAGUAUAUAAGUUAAUAACUUAGAGACCCAAACUAUUAUAAUUAUAAGUUUCAUCAAGAAACACAUGAGAGACAACAACGUUAUGUAACUGGUAACAUUAGCUCAAGAAAAUAGCUAAUAAUAUUUUGGCUUUAUCUUUUGUUUAGGAACUUGAGGACUUUUGGUCACUGAAAUUUAUAGAUAAAUUAAUUUCUUAGAUCUUUUUUUAAAAACAAAACUGUAAAAUUAUUAGGUUUUCUAAAAUGUCUAUACAUUCUGAAUUUAAUAUUUUAUGUGUAUGUGUGUUUAGGAAAUGAAAUAAACUGUA